AUGACGUAUCACCGCUUGGCUGUGGCCCCGGCCGCGCGACUGCACAUGUUGGCCCAGACGGCACCGCUGCUUCGCCAAGCACACACCCAGCAGCACAUUGACACCGACGACGCCAGCACCAGCAAGCAUGCAACUCGCAGAACACCAGCAACAGCAGAUGCAGCAAGGGCAGCAGCAGACGCAGCAACCCAAGAGAACGCGUCGUCCCCCUUCUCUCCCUUCUUGGACGAGAGUGGGAAGCUCAGGGCCGUCUCCUUUAGCGGAGCAGGAUGGCUGCUCGUCUACCACUUGGGUGUUCUUGACGCGUUGCGCACGCUGAAGCUGCUGGGGCCAAGCACCGUCUUCGCAGGCGCCUCCGCAGGCUCGCUCGUGGCGUGUGCCGCUGCAGGUGACCUCCCCACAACGGCGCUCAUGGACUGCUACAUCACCAUGGGCGAGCAAUGUCGCCGCGACAAGCGCUGGCUGCGGGGCAAGGCCGGCGUGUAUCUGAACCACGCCCUGGACAUGUUCGUGUCGGACGACCUCCACUUGCAGCUGGACGGCAGGGCGCUUGUCGCCGUCACUUUGCUCAACAACCCCCGCAAGCCAGUCCUUUUCGACCACUUCCAUAGCCGCACGGACCUGGUUGAAGCGCUCACAGCCUCGUGCUUUGUGCCCCUGUACCUGAACGGCCACCUCCACACCCACUUCCGGCAGCAGCGCGCCAUUGACGGCGGCAUCCCUCGGCUCAUCCCAAGCGACCCCGUCCGCCUCGCAGGCGCCGUGAACGUGUGUCCAUUCCCACGCAGCGUCACCGCUUGUAUGGGUAGCACCGUGCACAUUGGGCCGCAUCUCCAGAGCCGCGUCAAGCUCGGCCUGUCCCACUCCGUCCUCACUGCCUUCAAGCCCCCAGCAGAGAGCGAGGCCCACAUCCUGUAUCAAGUGGGGCACGCGAGCGCCGUCGCGUUUGCACAGGAAGCCCUCCUUCCCCCGCGCAGACAACAACGGCAACACUACCAGCACCAGCAACAUUACAAGCACCAGCAACAUCAGCCGCACCAGCAGCAGCACGAACAGCACUGUGCAGCGGCUGCCGAGGAUGCCAGCGGACACGUCCUGCCUCUCGACCACAGCCAGCAACGCCGGCAAUAG